UCCAGACCAAACGCACUCGGAAUGUGGAGAAAUUUUUCCGCUUGCUCUACGAGAUCUCACAAUUUCCUCAAGUUCUUUUCAGCCAAACAAUUAGAUACAGGAAAUCAGUUUCAGGAGAUCCGCUGUACAGCCCUGAUCCUUGACACCUCGACCUCCUUGACCAUAACAGGGGACUCAAUGAAGUCCGGAGUAUGAUCCCCGAUAGGCGUUUUCUCCUUCCUUCCAUUUACCACACGGGUCAGGUGACGUGCACUGACCACUCCUGGGAUUUUCUGACUAAGAUCUACCUCUAGCCCACCAUGUCUGAACCGGGUUCUGGCUGUGGUGUUCCAGCCCAGAGAAGCUCACAGCGGGGUCCAGAGAUGCUGUCAGUGAAGCUGGGGGACUGCAGUCAAACAGUGGAACUCAAUGUGAUUGUCAAAGAGGAGGAGGAGGAGAGAGAAAUCGAUGAGGGGGAGGAGGAAGAGCGAGAGGAGGACAGGGACUCAGUUGACUCAGGAAAAAACCCAAACCCAGACAACGAGCCCAGUUCCACAGCAUUAAGACUACCUGGACGUGGGACUUACCCCUGUCUUCAAUGUGAAAAGAGUUUCAGUUCGUCAAGUAAUCUAAAGAAUCAUCAAAGAGUACACACUGGAGAGAAACCUUUCCACUGCUCCAUAUGUGGGAAGAGUUUCAGUGAGAAAGUAAACCUUAAGAGACAUGUGAGAGUGCAUAGUGGAGAGAAGCCUUACCACUGCACCACAUGUGGGAAGAGUUUCAAUCAUUCAGGAAGCCUUAAGGACCACCAGCGAAUACAUACAGGGGAGAAACCUUACCACUGCUCUCUUUGUGGUAAGAGUUUCAGUCGAGCAGGAGACCUGAAGACUCAUCAAAGAUCACACAGUGGAGAGAAGCCUUACCACUGCUCACUUUGCGAGAAGAGUUUCAAUCAGCCAGGAAACCUAAAGAGUCAUCAGCGAAUACACACUGGAGAGAAGUCUGCCUGUACUCUCAAUGUGAUUGUCAAAGAGGAGGAGGACGAGCAGGAAAUUGAUGAGAAGGAAAGGAGAGAAGUUGAGGAGGAGGAGGAAACUAGUGGUGCGGUUGACCAAGGUACAUCAAGACUACCUGGUCGUGGGAGUUACCCCUGUCUUCAAUGUGGAAAGAGUUUCAGUUUCUCAGGUAAUCUAACGAAUCAUCAAAGAGUACACACUGGAGAGAAACCAUUCCACUGUGCCACAUGUGGGAAGAGUUUCAGUGAAAAAGUCAACCUCACGAGACAUGAGAGGGUACAUAGUGGAGAGAAGCCUUACCACUGCACCACAUGUGAGAAGAGCUUCAAUCAUUCUGGAAGCCUUAAGGAACAUCAAAGAGUACAUACAGGGGAGAAGCCUUACGACUGCUCUAUUUGUGGGAAGAGUUUCAGUCAGCCAGGAAACCUUAAGAAACAUCAGAGAAUACAUACAGGGGAGAAGCCUUACCAGUGCUCUCUAUGUGGAAAGAAUUUUCGUUUUGCAGGAGACCUAAAGAAUCAUCAGAGAUCACACAGUGGAGAUAAGCCUUACCACUGCUCUCAGUGUGGAGAGGGAUUCACUCAGCUAAGAAGUCUUAAAAGUCAUCAGAGAAUACAAAUUGGAGAGAAGCCUGCCUGUGCUUUCAAUGUAAUUGUCCAAGAGGAUGAGGGUGAGAGGGAAAUCAAUGUGGAGAAAAAGAGAGAAGUUGAGGAAGAGGAGGACAAUAGUGGUGCAGUUGACCCAGAUACAUCAAGACUACCUGGUCGUGGUCGUUACCCUUGCCAUCAAUGUGGGAAGAGUUUCCGUUCCUCAAGUAGUCUAAAGAAUCAUCAAAGAGUACACACUGGAGAGAAACCUUUCCACUGCUCCCAAUGUGAGAGGGGUUUCAGCGAGAAAGUAAACCUUAAGAGACACGAGAGAGUACAUAGUGGAGAGAAGCCUUACCACUGCACCACAUGUGGGAAGAGUUUCAAUCAUUCAGGAAGCCUUAAAGAACAUCAUAGAAUUCAUACCGGGGAGAAACCUUACCACUGCUCUCUGUGUGGAAAUCAUUUUCGUCUUGCAGGAGACUUAAAGAAUCAUCAGAGAUCACACAGUGGAGAGAAGCCUUACCACUGCUCUCAGUGUGAAGAGGGAUUCACUCACCUAAGAAGUCUUAAAAGUCAUGAGAGAAUGCACAUUGGAGGGAAGCCUGCCUGUGCUUUCAAUGUGAUUGUCCAAGAGGAGGAGGAGGAGGAGGAGGAAGAAGUUGAGGGAGAGGAGAGUGACAUAAAAAUGAAGUGAGGAUACUACAUAAGCUAACUCUAUAGGUAUGGAAAUGCAAACCUAUCCUUGCAAUGGUGUCUUCUGUGACAGCAUGGUCAUGGGCAGCACCGUUGAGGGCUAGCUUCAUCUUCUUUUACUUCUAUGAGUGUAUUGGAACUUCACAAAUGAACUCAACUUGAAUACCACCACCUAAUGUGUUGGAGUGUGUAUUUAUUGAACCUUUAUUUUGACAGGGAGUCAAUGCUGAGACCAAGGUCUCUUUUCCAGAUGAGCCCUGGAUAGCACCACAGUACACAUCAAAAUACAAUGAACACAUUCAUAUACAGACUAAUAUACACAUUAUUGUACACAACAAUACACGAAAGCAAAACACAAUGGAAAAAAAAAACAGACACAUUCUUUAGUAAAACGUUCCCCUAUCAACAGUCUGAAAUGCAUUAGAGGCAUCAAUUCCUACAAUUUUAAAGUGGAUUGUAGAUCAAGGCACAAGGAAACUAAAGGCUGAUCUACCAACUCUCUAGACACCAACGGAGUGAACGGGUUGAUCAACCAAAGGCUGAUCUACCAACUCUCUAGACACCAAUGGAGUGAACGGGUUGAUCAACCAAAGGCUGAUCUACCCAACUCUCUAGACACCAACGGAGUGAACGGGUUGAUCAACCAAAGGCUGAUCUACCAACUCUCUAGACACCAAUGGAGUGAACGGGUUGAUCAACCAAAGGCUGAUCUACCAACUCUCUAGACACCAAUGGAGUGAACGGGUUGAUCAACCAAAGGCUGAUCUACCAACUCUCUAGACGCCAAUGGAGUGAACGGGUUGAUCAACCAAAGGCUGAUCUACCAACUCUCUAGACGCCAAUGGAGUGAACGGGUUGAUCAACCAAAGGCUGAUCUACCAACUCUCUAGACACCAAUGGAGUGAACGGGUUGAUCAACCAAAGGCUGAUCUACCAACUCUCUAGACACCAAUGGAGUGAACGGGUUGAUCAACCAAAGGCUGAUCUACCAACUCUCUAGACGCCAAUGGAGUGAACGGGUUGAUCAACCAAAGGCUGAUCUACCAACUCUCUAGACACCAAUGGAGUGAACGGGUUGAUCAACCAAAGGCUGAUCUACCAACUCUCUAGACACCAAUGGAGUGAACGGGUUGAUCAACCAAAGGCUGAUCUACCAACUCUCUAGACACCAAUGGAGUGAACGGGUUGAUCAACCAAAGGCUGAUCUACCAACUCUCUAGACACCAAUGGAGUGAACGGGUUGAUCAACCAAAGGCUGAUCUACCAACUCUCUAGACACCAAUGGAGUGAACGGGUUGAUCAACCAAAGGCUGAUCUACCAACUCUCUAGACACCAAUGGAGUGAACGGGUUGAUCAACCAAAGGCUGAUCUACCAACUCUCUAGACACCAAUGGAGUGAACGGGUUGAUCAACCAAAGGCUGAUCUACCAACUCUCUAGACACCAAUGGAGUGAACGGGUUGAUAACAUAUCAUUUAGAGGCAGCUGCUCUUGUAUAAAUAGUAUCACCAUAAUGGAGAACAGGUGAAAGGUCGACUGCUUCCCAGGUGAAAGGUCGACUGCUUCCCAGGUGAAAGGUCGACUGCUUCCUAGGUGAAAGGUCGACUGCUUCCUGCCGACUAGAUAGAGACCAGAUCUGUUUCUGUAAAAACGCCCACUUUUAAAUAUUAGUUCCUUAACAAGCUCAGUCCUAUGUUUAAAAAAAAAAAAAAAAAACUAUAAAUCAUU